AAACGUAUAUUAUUUUUAUCGAUUUAUUUGGUAUAAGAAACUUGCUGAUCACUUGAUGAAUGAUGGAUUGAAGCCCAUUUUUGUAUCAAGAGAUACUGCAUGUCAACUGCUUGAAAAUUGAAUAGAGAGGAUUAUGCUGAUAGCACUAACUUUGUCCAGAUACCACUUUCGAAUAGCACAAUACUUAAUAAUUACUAUGUUAAAUAAGAAAAACGUUCACUCAGUAUAUCAGAAGAAAAACGUUCACUCAGAAUAUAUCUCUAUUUCUUACAAAGAUCAAUGAACGUUGAUAGAUGAGAAUAUCCUUCAUGGAAAGCUAUCCCAACUUUCGACUAUCCACUCGGCUUUCAAACUUCUCUGCUUUCGAUUUGUCUUCCGCACGCAGUAUUUGAAUCUUUAAUUCGACGCAAGCGCAUGCGACCAGCGAGUUUACUUCACGAUGAGUUUCACUCUUUAACAUUCAGUCGUGAUGUAGUUCGCCUCUAGGUAUCGUAUCGCUAGUAAAAGGAUACUUCGAAUGAAGCACGACAGUGUUGCGAAGCGUUUCUCGAAGUUCCCAACAAGAUGUCACAUAACGAAUACUUAUCGCGCGAUAUUAUGUACAUCACGCAACCAACGUGCAUUAUUAUGCGUGUACUUGGUAUUUGGCCGUCCAUUAGCCGAAAGAAAACUUUGUGCGAAAGAAUUUACAAGUUCCUGCUAAUUACCAUUUUUUGUGCUUUUCUCACGUGCAACCUCAUUUCCGGCUUACUCUAUUGGAUCAUACAGGGUGACGCGCGUACGCGUAUUCAAAUGAUCCCUUUUCUUAUGUACGCCGCUACGACCAUCAGUCAAUAUGGCAUCUUUAUAAUUCGUGAUGACCAGAUCAGACAGUGUUUGAAACAUGUUCAGGAAGAUUGGAAGAACAUUCUCAGCGCGGAUAUACGGAAUAUGGUGUUGAAAUUCAUGAGGAUUGCCAAGCAUCUAGCCACUAUAUGCGGAGCCUUCAUGUUUAGCGGUGCUAUUCUAUUUCAGACAAUCCUUCCGUUGUCACAAGGAGAUAUCGUCACAGAGCAGAACGUUACUAUCAGACCCUUGUCCUGUCCGAGUAACCUUAUUUUUAUUGACGUGCAAAUCACGCCUGUCUAUGAGAUAAUCUUCACGAUUCAAUGCUUCAGCGGUGUAAUUUCAGCCGCGAUCGCGACAAGUGCUUGUGGCCUCACUGCAAUUUUUGUGGCCCACGCUUCCGGCCAAUUGAGGAUCUUGAGGAAUUUGAUGACGAGACUGGUCGAGGAACAAUGGCAAAUGGAAUACGAGGUUAAUAAUAAAUUGGCUGAUAUAAUCGAACAUCAAGUACGAAUGCGAAGUUUCUUGCAAAUGGUGCAGAACACUCUGCAGCAGAUAUUUCUGAUAGAAAUAAUGGUGGACACGUUAAGUCUUUGCAUUAUGAUGUAUUAUAUAAUAGUUGAAUGGCAGAACACCAAUAUAACUGGAGUAUUUGUUUAUUUAUUUAGUGCUGGAGAUAUAACAGUUCAUUUAUUUCUGGUUUGUUACACCGGUGAACAACUUAUUGUAGAGGCAGAGAAAGUAGCCAUUGUAUCUUGCGAGCUUGAGUGGUUUCGUCUUCCGAACAAAAAAGCACGUUAUAUCGUAUUGUUGAUGAUUAUGUCUAAUGCUCCAACCAAGAUGUCAGCUGGAAACCUUUUUGAUCUCUCACUUAGAACAUUUGGUGACACUAUAAAAACAGCCGGAGCGUAUUUUAAUAUGCUUCGAAGUGUUUACUGACUGAAUGUUUCCAAAUAUUAAUCGUCGAAAUUGAGACAUAAGACGUAUUUGUAUCUCAGGGAAGCAACGUCCCGGAUACAUAUGUAAUGAGAGAACAAUAGAAACAACAAUAGUAACAACAAUAGUAGUAGGAGAAAUAGCAAUAGAAGGAAAAAGAGUGGUAGAAGGAGUA